UGGACAAUGAGGUGGUGGUGUUGAAGCUGAUAUGAUGGCUGCCAAUGAACUCAAUGCUUAUGCAUUCCUUCAGAGCAGUCUGAGAGCGAAAGGUAUAUGUAAGAAUAUCCUCUUACUUCUAGGUGAAUUUGAGACAAAAGCUGGGGAGCAGUGGCUUGCUUUUCGUAAUGAUGGAAAGUAUAGUGCUGCAGAUUUUGCAAAAAUUACAAGUGAGCAAAUAUCAAGAGCUCACAUUCUAGGAGAAAAGUCACCUGGUCCUUCUGAGCAGAAUCAAACCAUUAAAAGCAGAAUGCAUUUUGUUGUUAAGAUACUCCAAGGUGCCAUGAGUGGAUUAGCCGACAUGCAUAAUCACAACAGGUUGCAUCCAAGUCUUGGACCAGCUUCUGUUGUUCUCAAUACUAUAAUAGAUGCUACUUACUUAGUACCAAGAGUUCGGGAUCUAGCCUUUUCUGUUGACAUCAGGUAUGGCCGUACUGUUUUGUUUCUUGUCUUUUCUCGCCUUGUAUGCUCAUUUGAUUUUUCGGGUACUCUUCAUUAAAAAAAAAUCUUCUGUAUAUGUGUUUAGAACUUCUUUUUAAUUUUUUUAUUAUGAUUCUCAUAUAGUGUAUUGCACAAGCUCAUGCAGUUGCUUUUCUAACAAGUUCACCAUUUCUUAUUUCCCUAAGUAAUGAAUGGGCUGAAAUUUUGUGCUAGAAUGAUAUCUCCUAACUGAAGUUUCAGUUUUGUUGGAAUUUUCAAGAACUUGUUUUAUAUAUUUUUGAGGGAACAGCAAUAAAUAAUAGAGCCUAUC